AUGUCUGGUGGAACUGUCGCUGUCACUCUAGGGCGGGACGUCCUGUUCAAGAUCUGCGACCACCUUGACAUGGACACCUUGCUGCAUACAUCUGAAGACUUCAGCAUACUAGACCCUCCUCAGUGCACUAACAGAAUCGCUCAAUGGGCUCGUUUGCUUACCAAAUGCGAUACUAUUGAGUUAAUGCGAAGUUCAGAGCUGACCGCCCUCUAUCCUCUCACCCGUACUUGGACUGGACUGUUGAGAAACUUCAUCAGUGCUGACAUCGCCUGCAGUGCAAAAUGGCAUCAGACACGUCUAUCCCGUGAACUAUAUGGUGCUCGAUAUAUAGAUGAUGACGAAUGGCUGUCGGCAAACAUUCUCUUCAUGUGUGGUUACGAUUUCGACACUCACGUUCAAAACUGGGAGACCGACGCACCAUGUCACCGAUGGUCAUGCAUCAACCAGCCAUGUACAUUUGAUGACGGUGGUUCACUUCGGCUCCACUUCACUAACUCUGAUGCCCUCCCAUCCACAAUCGGUGCCACAUGUGGCGAAUGCGUAUGGUGCAUAGAAGGGUGGCCUUGUUGUUCAGAUUGCGUAGGAGAUCUUGGAAAUGAAUUUGUUCAACUCAGCGACAUGCAGUGGGAUUUGGACGAAUACAUGUGGUAUUAUUAA